AGGAACAGCGAUGCAGGGAAACCCAACACUCCUGAAUGAGAUCUACACAGAGCUCUACAUCACAGAGAGUGACAAUGGAGAUAUCAAUAAUGAACAUGAGGUAAGACAGAUUGAGACACAAUCCAGGAGAUCAGUAACAGAGGACACACCGAUCCAAUGCAGAGAUAUCUUUACACCUUUACUUGGACAAGACAAAGCCAUCAGAACUGUGCUGACCAAGGGAGUCGCUGGCAUUGGGAAAACAGUCUCUGUGCAGAAGUUCAUAGUGGACUGGGCUGAAGAGAAAGAGAAUCAGGACAUCCAGCUCAUAUUUCCACUUCCUUUCAGAGAGAUCAACCUGAUAAAGGAUAGAAAGCUCAGUCUGUUAGAUCUUCUGCAGGUGUUUUUCCCUGAAACUAAACAAAUGGAAAUAUCCAGUGAUGAAUAUAAAGUGUUGUUCAUCUUUGAUGGUCUGGAUGAGUGUCGUCUGUCUCUGGACUUUAAAUGUGAUGUAAAACUGCAGAAUGUCUCUGAAUCUGCCUCAGUGGACGUGCUGCUGACAAACCUCAUUGUGGGGAAUCUGCUUCCUUCUGCUCUCAUCUGGAUCACCUCUAGACCAGCAGCAGCAGAUCUCAUUCCCUCUGAGUUUGUCCAUCGAGUGACAGAGAUACGAGGCUUCAAUGACCCUCAGAAGGAGGAAUACUUCAGGAAGAGAAUCAGUGAUCAGAGUCUGGCCGAUACAAUCAUCUCACACCUGAAGUCCUCCAGGAGCCUCCACAUCAUGUGCCACAUCCCAGUGUUCUGCUGGAUCUCAGCCACUGUUCUGGAGAAGAUCUUCAGUCACACAGAGAGUGCAGAGAUUCCCAAGACUCUCACUCAAAUGUACACACACUUCCUGAUCAUGCAGACCAACAUCAGACAUGAGAAGGACUAUGAGGAGGAAGGUGAAGACAUGAUCCUCAAACUGGGGAAAGUGGCUUUUAAGCAGCUUGUGAAAGGCAACCUGAUCUUCUAUGAGGAAGACCUGAGAGAGUGUGGCCUUGAUGUGACAGAAGCAUCAGUUUACUCAGGAUUGUGCACUCAGAUCUUCAGAGAGGAGUUUGGCUUUUAUCAGGGGAAAGUUUUCUGCUUUGUUCAUCUGAGCAUCCAGGAACAUCUAGCAGCUCUAUAUGCUCAUCACUCCUUUACAAACAAGGACAGAAAUGUGUUUAAGCUAAACAAACCAAGUCUGUUGUCUAAAGUUUUAAACCAGAAGAAACCUGAUUCAUUAUCUGUUCUUCAUCAGAGUGCUGUGAAUGAGGCUUUACAGAGUAAGAAUGGACAUCUGGAUCUUUUCCUGCGUUUUCUUCUGGGUCUCUCAUUGGAGUCCAAUCAGACUCUCUUACAAGAGCUACUGACACAGACAGGAAGCUGCUCUUACAAGAAAGAGAAAACAGUUAAGUUCAUCAAGCAGAAGAUCAGGGAAAUGGACUCUCCGGAGAAAUCCAUCAAUCUGUUCCACUGUCUGAAUGAACUGGGUGAUCAUUUACUGACGCAGGAGAUCCUGGAUUAUCUGAGCUCUGGAAGAAUAGAAGAAACUAAUCUCUCCUCUUCACAGUGGUCAGCUCUGGUUUAUGUGUUGCUGACAUCAGAGAAGAAGAUGGAUUUUUUUAAUUUAAGUCAGUUUAUUGGACCCCAACAUAGAGCAGAUGUAGUUCUCCAGAAGCUGCUGCCUGUGGUGAAAGAAUCCAGAUCAAUUCAGUUGGGUGAUUGUAAAGUCACAGAUAAAGUUUGUGCUGCUCUUGCUUCAGCACUGAGAUCAAACUCUUCACACCUGACAGAACUGGAUCUGACUGGAAAUAAACUAGGAGACUCAGGGCUAAAGCUGCUCACUGAUGCACUGAAGGAUCCUCACUGUAAACUGAAGAAACUGAGGAUGAGGGAUUGUGGAGUCACAGAUAAAGGUUGCGCUGCUCUUGCUUCAGCUCUGAGAUCAGACUCCACACACCUGACUGAACUGAAUCUGGAUGAAAAUAAACUAGGAAACUCAGGAGUGAAGCUGCUUUCUGAUGGACUGACGGAUCCUCACUGUAAACUGGAGAUACUGUGGUUGUGGCAGUGUGGAGUCAGAGACGAAGGUUGUGCUGCUCUUGCUUCAGCUCUGAGAUCAGGCUCCUCACACCUGAGAGAACUGAUUCUGUCUGGAAAUAAACUAGGAGACCCAGGAGUGAAGCUGCUGUCUGAUGGACUGAAGGAUCCUCACUGUAAACUGGAGAUACUGAGGUUGAACUGGUGUGAAGUCAGAGAGCAAGGUUGUGCUGCUCUUGCUUUAGCUCUGAGAUUUAACUCCUCCUCACUCCUGACAGAACUGGAUCUGACUGGAAAUGAAUUAGGAAAGUCAGGAGUGAAGCUUCUUUCCGAUCUGAGGGAUGAUCCACGCUAUAAACUUAGACACUUAGCAUGUGAUGUGUUUGGAAGAAUUAUCAUAGGGUCAGAUGGAAAACGCCUUGAUGAUCAACUCCCAACCACCUCCACAGAGACCAGAAACCACAUAUAAUUAACUAAGGUAAGCAAUUUAUCUUAAUACUUUAGUACUCUGUGGGGAUGUGUUGUGGGGUGAUUGUGGUCGUCGAUUCUUUUUAA